AUGGAUCAGCAGACGAACAACAUUCAAGAAAACUAUGGUUCUCGUUUGCAAAAAAUUCACUCAGCAGAAUUUUUGGAUCAAAAAUUUGGUUUCCAACGUUACACUGAUAUAGAAUGGAAGGAUGCCUGGUUGUUGAAUGUUCAGUCGGCGGAAAUGAUAGAUGAACAGACGAAAAAUAUCAUUGCAGUGUGCGACUUUUAUUUCAUUCAAGAAGAUGGAGGACGUUUUAAGAUAUCCUAUCCAUUUCGUCCAUAUCUAUAUAUUGCAACGCUUCCUUCAUUUGAACAUCAGGUCCUAUCAUAUUUAUCCAAGAAAUAUGCAAGUAUAAUUACAACCAAUAUCGUGGAAAAAGAAGACCUUGAUUUAAAAAAUCAUCUAUCAGGAUUAAAACGGACAUAUUUGAAGAUUUCAUUCCCAAGUUUAAGUGAACUUCUAAAGUUCAAAAAAGAUAUCACACCAAUACUCAAGAGAAAUCAGGAAAGAGAAAAGCAAACAACUUCAUAUACUAAUCUUCUUACCAGACAUUUUGGUCUGCAGGAAGUGCUGUCCGAUGAAGGCGGUGUUUUAGAAAAAAUUAUUGAUUUGAGGGAACAUGAUUUACCCUACCAAAUGAGGGUGUGCAUUGAUCUGGAAGUAUUCGUAGGUCUGUGGUAUCGGGUAACAGGAAGAGAUCUCGAUCGAAAGCCAAAAAUAACUCGUCAUCCAACGUUGAUUGAUCCACCGGAACCAGUUGUUUUAGCUUAUGAUAUUGAAGUUACGAAGCUUCCUUUGAAAUUUCCGGACAGCAGUUUUGAUGAAAUCAUGAUGAUUUCUUAUAUGGUUAAUGGAAACGGUUUCUUAAUUAUUAAUAGGCAAAUUAUUUCCUCAGAUGUGGAUGAUUUUGAGUAUACUCCAAGACCAGAAUAUAAGGGAAUAUUCCGGGUUAUCAAUUUGCCUGAUGAAAAAACCGUUAUCAAAUAUUUUUUUGACCAUAUCAUUCGGCUGCGUCCAACUGUAUUCGUCACUUACAAUGGCGAUUCAUUUGAUUGGCCUUUCGUAGAAGCUCGUGCUGCAGUGCAUAAUUUGAAUAUGCAGACGGAAAUUGGUGUUUCGAGAAAUUCUUCCGGAGAAUACAGAGCUACAAAUGCAGUCCAUCUUGAUGCGUUCAAGUGGGUGAAACGUGAUAGUUAUCUACCGGUGGGAAGUCAGAAUCUAAAAGCCUGUACUAAAGCUAAACUUCGGUAUGAUCCAGUUGAGCUUGAUCCUGAACAAAUGUGUGCAAUGGCAAAAGACGAACCUCAAAUGUUGGCAAACUAUUCAGUGUCUGAUGCUGUUGCAACCUAUUAUUUAUACAUUAAAUAUGUUCAUCCAUUCAUUUUUGCGUUGUGUACAAUCAUACCUCUGGGUCCCGAUGAUGUACUUCGCAAAGGUUCCGGUACACUAUGUGAAGCACUUUUGAUGGUUAAAGCUUUCCAGAAUAAUAUCAUUUUCCCGAAUAAAUCCUUACAUUAUGGAACAAAAUAUACCACUGAUGGACAUGUAAUUGAAAGUGAAACAUAUGUUGGAGGCCAUGUUGAAGCUUUGGAAUCUGGUGUUUUCCGCGCCGAUAUUCCGGAAAAAUUUCGAAUCAUCCCGGCCGCAAUUCUAGAUUUAAAACGAGAUGUUAGAAAAACAUUAAGUGAUUCAUUGAUUCGUGAAUUCGGUGUUACCAUGGAUGAAGUCAUUGAUUUUGACAAAGUUGUAAGUAAGGUUGAAACACAACUUGAUGACUUUAUUAAGAGACCUUUACGCCUUGAAACUCCUAAAAUCUAUCAUUUGGAUGUGGGUGCAAUGUAUCCCAAUAUUAUACUUACCAAUCGUCUUCAGCCAUCAGCAGUUGUUACAAAUGAAGACUGUAUUGCUUGUGUGUAUAAUUCACCAGAAGCAAAAUGUCAGAGAACGAUGCGAUGGGAAUGGCGUGGUGAAAUCAUGCCUGCCUCAAGAGGCGAAUAUGAACGCAUUUUGCAACAACUAGAAAAUGAAACAUUUGGUAAACCACCAAGAGCAUUUCAUAGCUUAGAUUAUGAGCAAAGAGUUCAAAUUGAAGCAAAACGGGUAAAAGAUUUUUGUAAACGUGCUUACGGUAAAACUCACAUAACGAGGAAUGAGUAUCGUUAUACGACGAUUUGUGAACGGGAAAAUGCAUUUUAUGUGGAUACCGUAAAAUCUUUCCGAGACAGACGAUAUGAGUACAAAGCAAUGCUUAAAAAAGCUAAAGCUGUUCUAGACGAAGUAUCGGAGGAUGAUAUUCAUGCUUUAAAAACAGCCCAGGGACGCAUUGUUCUCUACGAAAGUUUGCAGCUUGCACAUAAAUGCAUCUUAAACUCAUUUUAUGGAUAUGUCAUGCGGAAAGGAGCAAGAUGGUUUUCAAUGGAAAUGGCUGGUAUAGUUUGCCAUACUGGUGCAAAUAUUAUCACCGAAGCGCGGAAGCUUGUAGAACGUAUUGGUAAACCUCUGGAACUUGAUACAGAUGGAAUAUGGUGCUUAAUUCCGGGGACUUUUCCGGAGAAUAUUACUUUCACUUUGAACAGUUCUAAGCGUAAAACGGUAACUGUUUCAUAUCCGGGUGCAAUUCUCAAUGCGCUUAUUCAUGACAAAUUUACAAACAAUCAAUUUCAUCAACUUGAACCGGAUGGAACAUAUUCUGUAACUUCCGAAAAUUCCAUAUUUUUCGAAGUAGAUGGGCCAUACUUGGCGAUGAUUCUUCCAGCUUCUAGAGAAGAAGGCAAAAAACUGAAAAAAAGAUAUGCAGUUUUCAAUUUUGAUGGUUCACUUGCUGAGCUAAAAGGAUUUGAAGUGAAACGGCGUGGCGAAUUAGCACUGAUUAAGUAUUUCCAGAGUUCAGUUUUUAAAGCAUUUCUUAAAGGCGAAAGUCGUGCAGAAGCAUAUGAGCAUGCUGCAAAAGAAGCCAACUAUUGGCUGGAUGUAUUAUUUUCGAAAGGCGCUAGUCUGCCAGAUUACGAAUUGUUUGAUCUAAUUGCGGAAAAUCGGAGCAUGUCAAAAAAACUUGAUGAUUACGGUGAACAAAAAUCAACAUCUAUUUCAACUGCGAAGCGUCUUGCAGAGUUUCUUGGUGAUGAUAUGGUUAAAGAUGUUGGGCUUGCUUGCCGUUUUAUUAUUUCAAAGAUGCCACUUGAUGCACCUGUCGCACAAAGAGCUAUCCCUUUGGCUAUAUUCCAAGCAACACCAAACGUCUGUGCUCAUUAUCUUCGAAAAUGGACCAAAGAUACAAAAAUUACCAAAGAUAAUAUCGAUAUCCGAAAUAUUAUCGACUGGGAAUAUUAUAUUGAACGUUUUGGAGCUACCAUUCAGAAAAUUAUCUCAAUUCCAGCUGCUCUGCAGAAUGUUCCGAAUCCAGUUCCACGCGUUCCAUUUCCAGACUGGUUGGAGAACAAGCGGCAACAACGAAAAAAUGAUCACAAACAACCUAAAAUCAAUGAAAUCUUCAAAAAAACCGCUGCACCGGCUUUUACACCUGAUAUUGAAAGUAUUAGCAUUUCAAGAGCUACGAAUUACAGUUCAUUGGAUAAUGUUACUUUCUUCAACGAUUCACAAAACUUAGAGAAGGGUUCAAUAUCUAUUCAAAAGACUGACCGGUGGAUGGUGAUACAAAAAAAAACAAUUGUUGAACAUGGAGUUGAAGAAUGGUUACGAUAUUUGAAGGCGAAAUGGAAGAAAGAAAGAGAAGAGAAGAAGCGUAAAAGGCAAAAUGCUUUAUCUAAAGGUAUUACACCAAUUAUUUCAGUGCUUGAACGUGGUAAACAGAUGAUGCAAGAUACAGUGUGGCAAAUUAUUAAGAUAUCAGAAACUCCAAGCAAAGGUCUGAUGGUAUUGUGGUGUAUAAUUCUUGAUAAAAUGGUGAAACUCAAUGUGCGAAUGCCACGGAUUAUUUAUGUAAAUAAUCGUGAAGAAAAUGGUAAUUCUGGUAUUCUAGUUAAGCGCAUUCUCCCACGUUUGAAGCCAGUUUUUAAUUUACGACGAUAUGUUAUCGAUGAAAGGAUAUUUGAAUCAAGUUUAAAUCAGUUGAACAAAGAGCUAUGUGCGAUGAGAAUUGAAGGUGUUUAUGAGUCACAGAUGCCGAUACUCUUCCGAGCUGUACUUACCUUAGGCUGUAGCUGUCGAUUAAAACCGAAUUUUAAAACAAAUUCAGCCUCCACAUAUGAUUCCGAACAACUUGAACCGGAUUUCUCGGUGCAAUAUCUCCCGGAAAAUAGUAUUCGCACCUUGUUCUUUUAUGAGCACCAGCAGGACAGUCGAUGUGUUAUAGCGGUAUUCAAUACAGCAUCAAGCGAAGCGCACAUUGUUGUAGUGAACAAAACUGAAUUAAAUUUGCCGAAUUUAUCAAAUAUGUAUGCCAGCGAGAAAACAAAUUUAUCUUCUGAUGUUGGUGUUUCCUUUUUGAACCGCAAGAAUGAUAUGAAUUUCAUUGUAAGUCAGUGCGUUACGGUCGAAAGGGCUGAUCGAAUAAUUCAGAGAUAUAUUCGAAAUUUGCAUCAUGUUGACAGUUACCCAGUAAUGAUUGCUGUGCAAUCGAGACAACAAUUAUCUGCAUUGGUUAAGCGAUUGCCAUCUCUUGAUAACUAUCCUCUUGUGCGAAUUCAUGCUUGUGAACCAUCUGGUCUUUUUAAUGUUCUGGAUUGGCAACGUAUUGUCCUGAGAAGAAUUAUCAAACAUUACUUCAAUAUGUUUCUAUAUUUGCAUCAAUAUGUAGAAGUGAGCCGUUAUUUGCAUGUUCCGAUUGGUAAUAUACCAGAAGAUUUUUCUACAUUUGGUCCAGAUGUACUAUUUGCACGAAGUUUGAUCAAUCAGGGAUAUGUUCUAUGGGCAUCACCGCUUAGCCGACCGGAUCUUGGUGGUAAGGAACUGGAUGAUGCCCGUCUAAACGCUGUUUGGUCAUCACUUUCCGUCAAUAAGCAAUCAAUUUGUGUGGUUAAUGAGUCCUGCUUGGAAACUGAUAUAUGUGUUGAGCUGGAAUUGGGCGCAGUUGAUGUCACAGCAAUUGUGCAGUCAGCAAGUAUCGCUGAUGCAGAAGGUGGUGUGGAUUCGGUCGGAUUUUUGACUGGAACUGUUUUGUCAGCAGAUGCGCUUCUUGGAUAUGUCCGAAGUAUUGCACAGUAUGAUGAAGGCGCCGCGGUGGCAGGUCCAUUAAAAGUCCUUCGACUAUUGUUGCAUGACUGCAUCAAAGAUAUUCAUCUAUAUGGUAAUAAAAUUGCUGAUCAAGUAAUCAUUAGCCUUGAUCGCUGGUUACGCACACAACAUGCAUUAAUGUAUGAUCCUGCAAUUGUUCGCGUAGUUGAUAUACUAAUCACCAAGCUAAUCCUUUUGCUAGUUGCUGAACUAAAUCGUUUGGGCGGACGUGUUAUUUACGCAUCUAAUUCACGACUUAUUAUGUGCACGAAACGCUCGUCUCUUGAACAUGCGCAAUCAUUUGUAAACAGCUUGCUGUUAUCACUUGAAGAGCACUCAAUUUUUGCAUCACUGAAUGUUAAAGCAAUUAAAUUUUGGGAUAUUUUAUUGUGGAUUGAUACGAAUGAUUAUAUUGGAAUUCUUUUGGGUGAAGAAGAAGAAGGCAACGAAGUCACUGUGAAACUUGGUACAUCUAAUUUUAUUGAGGGAGAAAAUUAUCGAAAUUUGUUCAAACAGACAUUAAUCGGAUAUCUUGUCUUAGUAGCUCGGAAUGUAAGAUCAACUAACAGCGUAGAGGAGCAGCAACAGUAUCGCUUAAAUCUGGUGGGGAACGAGGUUACAGAACAAAUGUUUGAUUUCCUUAAUAAUUUGUCAUUAAGUUCUGAUAUUCGGGAAAAUAUUGAUUUGCGAGAUUCAAUUAUUUUGAUGGUGAAAGGAAUAUCGCAUUUCAUUGGACUCGACUGUAUUGUUUAUGAAUCGAUUUCAAAGUUGCGUUAUCAACUUCUACGUAUGUUGGAUGUGAAUGAUGCAUCAUAUGAUGGUACAUGGCAAUCGUUGAACGUUUCGUGCACCUUGACCCAAUUAUUUUGUACCGUUUGUUGCCAGUCAAAUGAUUUGGAUAUAUGCCAAUCAGAAGCAUGGAUUUGUCCAAGCUGUGGGAAACAUUUCGACUCAUUUACCAUUGAACAACUUCUAAUAGAACGAGUGAAUCAGCUUCUGAUCGCUUAUACAAUACAAGAUUUAAAGUGUACACGUUGUGGAGCGGUUCGAAGACAUAACCUUUCCCUUUUCUGCGAUUGUUGCGGUGUUGAGGAAAACAUUAUAUCACCUGCCGAACUUCGCUUCAACCUGGAAACGAUUGGGAAAAUAGCUCAACAACAUGACCUUAUGUGCUUAUCUGAAUUAUGUGAAUGGACGCUGUUCUGA